CAUGUGAAGGACACCGAAUUCUUAUUUACAUUUGUGAGCGCAUUCACCUCCUGCCAAAGUAUGAAAGUGACGCUCAAGUACCACGCCUUGUGGAAACGUACCAUGGGACUUGACGUCAUUAAAAAAUAGUUUUGGUUAUAACAGCAUGUGAAUACCUUUAUGUCAGAUCCAAAUACACAAAACCGCCUGUGUUCUAGUCUGAAUUAAGGCAUUCUACCAUAAGAGUAGAAAUGCAGGCUUCUGAAGAGGCUGGUUACCAUAGUGACCACAGUGAAAAUCACGUCCACUUUUCGGAAGACCAGUUUCAGGAGCAUGAGGCUGAUAUCGUUAUUCGACCCGGCAGGAAGGCUCACACCCUUGAGGUUCACUUGGGCUUUCUCCAGUUCCAGCAUGUCUACCAGGUGAAAUUCACCAUCAAGGAUGACCUUGGGGAAGAGGUGGAGGCUGAUCCGCUGCAGAACAUCAAUGUCAAGGUCACAGACAUCACACCAUCAGAAGAAAGGAAAGGGCACGAGGUCACAGUAGAGUUUGCGGCCAAUAAGGAAAAGUUGCAGCGCGAAAACAUUGUAUUAACAAGUGCCUCAGACAGUACAAAAAAGCUAACAUUAGCUUUCCAAGCUAGAGUCCUUGGCAAAGGGAAGGGGAAACCAUCUUUGAAGAAAGGGAUUCAUGUCAUUCGUGUAGAAGUGGAAGAAGAAUCAGAACUGAGUGAUUGGCAAGGAUUCAGUUAGAAUAAGCCAGAAACCAAGUUCUUAGUCUUCUUAGUCCAGACAUUUAGAUGUUUGGAAAAGAGUUUCAGUAGGCUCAUGGAGAAUAAACAGGAUCCGAGUAUUAAUUAACAUAGCACGCAUUCCUAUUUUCUCGGUAAUUUUUAUUGGUGUUUUUUUUUUCUUUCUUUACACUGGGUGAUGAAUUAUGGUGGUAGCAUUAUUCUGUUGUAAUUUUUACCUUUUUCGAUGAAAACAGUAUAGAUAUUGGCCAUUUAUUGUUACUUUUAUAGGUUGUAGGGGUUUUAUUACAUGUUCACUGUAAGUAAAACACAAGCCAGUUACAAUUUUUAUAGUAGAUAACACCUUGAUGCCUGAAAUAAAUCAUUCCCUCAUACUUUUUAUGUGGAAAAUGUAGCUUUUAUUAUUGUUUACAGUACUUACCCCAGAUAACUAUCUUCUGCAGUGACCACUAAAUAAAUCUGUCGGUAGGUCAAACCUGCCAUGAACUUUAAUAAUAAACUAAUGUGCUUUAUAAUAAGAGAGCCUGAGUGCAUUAACAUUUUGUAGGAUACUGUAGCCAGUCUUAAUUCAGCUCAAUUUAUGCACUUUUUUUUUAAUUUGAUUUUUGGAGACAAAAUUACCUUGAUUGCAUUGAUGAAUUGCACGGCUUCACAAGAAGUAUAAUUUUAUCAGUCAAGUCUCAAUGCAAAAUGCGGAAAAGGUUGAAGAAUGACAGUACUGAGCUAUUUAAAUAUGUGCUUGUUUUAGUGAGAAUGUACUCAUGCUGUACAGCCGUUAAUGAAAAGUUUUUUUAGGAUACAUUUAUGAAAUGAAACAAAUGUAUGAAUAUCAAAAUGCACUUAGCAGAUUUGCUUGAAAUUCAGUGCUGGGUAGAUAUAGUCUUGUGCAGACAGCAUUGUUUCAAAGCAGGUCAACAUGGUUGUAGGCUAUGGUGUUACUACAUUAGAUUUUAUAUUCAGAAACAUUUUUCAAUACAGGAACCCAUUGCACGUGCAGAAGAAUUAAAUUCAUAGACAAAUCAUGGAGAAAAGAAAAGCUGCACAUUUGUGCACUUGAGAAGUUCCUAAAGGAAAGAGUUGUCAUUCGUGUACCUGGAUCAGGGCGAUUCAGGUGAUCUGUAAAUUAUCACAUGCAGCCUGACAUUUUCCUCAAGUCACAUGACACACUAGGUCUGUUCCAAAAUUCCAAGAGGAGGUAACUCUGCUGUGUGUUGUUUGUUUUUUUUUUUAACCUGACUGCAUGUUUGCUGUCUGACAAGGAUAAGUCGGGAGGUGCAAGGGAUUUCUUUCAUCUGUGUGCCUAUCUCUUAAGCCAUUGUUAAAAAUAUCUUGGGCAUGACCUUUAACAUAACAUGACAGAGAAGAUGAAAUAACAAAUAUUCUGGCUAAUAAAAAAGAUAAAGAUUUAGAGAAAUCAACGUAGAGAAGAAAAAAAAAUUUCAAAAUAGAAAAAAAUCCAAAAAACUAAAAGGCACUCUUCUGGAGGGUCAGUUGGGUUACACCCAACAAACCUGUUUUCAUGGUGGCGCUGUAAUAGUACUGUACACUGUACAAAGCACAUAGAAUGUAUUAUUUCACCCAGACUCUGCAUGUUUGGGGAUGCAUUUCCAAAUGUUAGUUGUUUCAGUGUACUUAGCACUAUAAGUAAUAUGAUUAAACAUUGAUUUACAUUUAUUUUUAAAUUUAAACUAUACUGAUUCAGUCAACGUUUGACUUGAAACGUUAGAUUUUAAUUUAGUAUUAAGUGGUUUGUGGUUUUGCAAUAUGCAUUUGUGCUACUCAUUAUAACAAAGAGAACUCUCCAGCUGCCUUAAUGAAAACUUAAUGACAAAUGUGAAUUUAUUGUUUGUAUUUUCAACAUAUUUCAGUUCGUAUUUAAUCAGGUACAAGCCAAAUGUAUAAUACAUACAUGUGCGCAUGCCUCUGAUAUGUGAUAGUGUUAUUCCAGUAUUGUUAUGCAAAACAAGAGAGGAAGAUUUUUUAUUUUAUAUUUUUUUAAUAUGUUUCUGUUUAUUCAGUUGUUUAUACCAGUAUCGCGUCAAAAGUCAAUCACAGUAACUCUUUGAGGUGUAAAGUUCAUUUGGAGUCCAAUGGUUUUAUGCCAUAUGCAUAUGUAAUAAUGGCCUAGGUGUUUGGGUGAUUUGCUAUGAAAUUAAACUACAUGUACUUGAAUAAAAUUGACCAGAAGUAGAACAAAAUAAAGCACGAGUUCCAAGGUAAUCUUUUGGACU